CUUCGUGUCCUUCGUUGUGCAUGUAGAACUAGAGAGCGAUUGGAUUAACUGACCUCCGUCCACCAUGGAGGCUGCCACUGGUUUACCAGCUAGAGCGAGCUGCUAACUGCUCGACAGGUUACACCGGGCGUCUAAAGUAGGUAAGUUUUGAAGUUCAGACACCAGUUUAGCCAGCUAGAUAGCACAGCAGUGUAGCAGUAAGCUAACAGCUAGCCAAUGGGGCUGGAUUCACCUACGACCCACGGCGCGACGUGCAAAAGAUGGAUCAACGCUGUGUACAUAUCGCAAUGGAUAGAGAUGAUAGUUCUACCGUUAAUGUCGUCUAACUUGGAUUGUGCAAACUGUCGGUUCCAUCCUGAUUCCCCAAAGUGAGGACCAGACGCGAAGCCUAUUCGUGCCUUGCAAGGCAAAUCAGCAAGCGCGUUGGUCGGCAAUUUUAUGUUUAUUUAGGUGGUGGGCGGCCAUUAACAAACUUUUGACAUCCAUCCCUCCAGAGCUGCUUGUUAAAUGCGUUUUACACCAGUUGCCUUGUUUUUAUUCUCCAUGCUGUGGACUUCAAAUCGGCAGAUUCAGUUUGUCCUCGUCAUGCAUGAAUAUUUCUGAAUGUAAACAUGCACCUAUGGAGGCGGGACGCUGCCAUUUCUGAAAUGAUGCCUCUUGCAUUUUGUCAGUGAAAUUAAUUAAUUAAAUUAUACCACUAUUUUCGCGUUCUUGACAUGCAUAAUCUUCCGUUGCCGUUGACCGUGUUCUGUGAAGCGUGAUGCGCCAUGGAGCAGGGCCAUAGCGGCACUGUUGUGCAGGUGUGCUUUCCUGCGGCGCAAACAGCUGUGCUGGAUGGCCUCAACCGGCAGCGAGAGGAGGGCCGCUUCUGCGACUUGUCCAUCCAUGUGCAGGGACAGGUCUUCAAGGCACAUCGCUGUGUGCUGGCAGCAUCGUCCCCCUACUUUCACGACCAGGUGCUUCUGAAGAACAUGUCCACCGUCUCCAUCCCGGCGGUGAUGGACCCGCUGGCGUUCGAGAGCGUUCUCAGGUGCGCGUACACCGGGCAGCUCCGCAUGCUCCGCGACGACAUCGUCAACUACCUCACGGUGGGCAGUGUGCUGCAGAUGUGGCACAUCGUCGACAAGUGCACCGAGUUGCUCCGCGAAGCUAAGGGAGGUGGCAGCGGCAGUGGUGGCGGCAGCACAGCUCUCGUGUCACGUGGCUCUCAGGAGAACCCAGAGGGCGGCGGAGGAAACGGGGAGAACCCUUCAGGCAGCAGCAGUAGCGUGGUGCUCCUCCACUCCAGAUCAGCAGACCACCAGCCCCCCCACCACCACCACCAGUCCCACGGCCGACCCUCCCUCAGCGAGAGCCAAUCCCCCAGCAGCACCAACUACUUCAGCCCCAGAGAGGCCAACUGUGGUGGCGGUGGUGGUGGUGGUGGAGGCUCCGCUUCAACUAGCGGCAGUGGCGGGGACGGACAGGGACAGGGACUGAGCUCCACCCCGAGUUACUGCGCUCCGUCGGGGCGCUCUGAGGAGACCUUCCUGAUCGAGGGAGACGAGGAUGAUGAAGACGAGGGUCUUGAGGAGGAGGAGGAAGAAGACGAUACCCUCUACUUGUCCUCCAGGAAACGGGAGCGAGGACGCCACCGCAGGAAGAAGCUGUCACUGUCUGGGUGUGACCAAGGUGUGGGCAUCAGCGACAGCUUCGGAGUGUCCUCGUACCAGGACGGAGACGCGCCGUCACCACCUCCUCCUCCUCCGCAGAAGAGGCCCACGUACAGUCAGCCUAGCAUCAUGCCACGCAAGCAGUGGGUGGUGGUGAAGACGGAGAGGAGUCCGGAUGACGAACUGAUCGUGGUGUCCGGAGGGGAGGAAGGAGGGGAAGACGACGAUGAGGAGGAUAAGGAGCUGGAGAUGGCGAGAGAGAGGGCGCGAGAGCUGGAGAGGGAGAGGGCUUUCAGCAUCUCCAACGUCAGGACCCUCUCCGACGAGCUCAGCAGCCGAGCCGAAGCAGAAAUGGAGACACAGGUUGAUUACUGCCAGUCCUCUGAAGACUACCUCAAGUAUGACAGCGGUCUGCUGGACCACCCGUCUCAGCAGCACCCUCUGGACCACACGGGUCAGGGCAGCAGUAGCAGCAGCAGCAGCCGCUCCAUCUCCGCCCUGCUGGGCCCCCUUCAGUCGGCCGCCGCCAGGGCACAGCUCUUCCCCCUCGACAUGCAGGGCAACCAGAUCCUACUGUACAGUCAAGCCGCACUGGACUCCUCCUCCCCCCUGGGAAUGGGAAGUGGUCUCUCCGGGUCCGCGUUGAAGGGCCCGGGGUUGGAGCAUGGGGCGGCCCACUUGUCCGGGCAGGGGGGCGGGUUGGAGGGGCUGGACGCCAUGGCCCCGGGAGGAGCAGGAGGCUCGGGUGGGAAGGUGUUCAUGUGCCACUGCGGCAAGACGUUCACGCACAAGAGCAUGCGCGACCGGCACAUCAACAUGCACCUGGACCUGCGGCCCUUCCACUGCCCCGUCUGCGCCAAGAAGUUCAAGAUGAAGCACCACCUGACGGAGCACAUGAAGACGCACACGGGCCUCAAGCCCUACGUCUGCAGCGGCUGCGGAAAGAAGUUCAUGUGGCGCGACAGCUUCAUGCGGCACCGCUCCCAGUGCGAGAGGCGAGGGAUAGGUGGUGGCGGAGGAGGAGGAGGCGGCAGCUCCAUGGAGGCUGGGGGUUCCCAAGACGCACAGGGCCUCUCCCCGACUCACCCCCUUCAAUCCGACGCCAUGCAGGUGGGCUCAGAAGGCAGGAACGGUGUCGGGGGGCGAGGUGGUCUGGGCGGCGGGUCUCCACAUCAUCAGCCCAGCCCUGGUGGAGGUGGAGGUGGAGGUGGCUCCAUGCCGUGCCUGGGUAUGGCUGGCCCCGUGUCCCUGCUGGGCAUCGGUGCCCAGGGUCUUGGCUCCGGCAUCUUCGGCCUGGGCAUGAGCCGAGGGCCGUGCGAGGACGACGUGUGCGAGGUGAGCGUUGACGAGAGCAACAUGGCCUAGUAGACAGAAAGUCUGAGAAGAGGAACGGAAUACUUCGGUGAACAUUCCCGCAACAGCGCCAAAUUAUAAGCUACCAAUUGAAACGGGACCAUUGUCUUAUCGUUAUCUACAGACCUUACAGUACAUGAGUACAAGUACAUGACUUUUGUGUGGUUGUGAAGUCGCACAAGGUGCAGGUGCGGUGUGCUUGAGCAGAUUACUUCUUUAAAAUACCAAAAAAAUAGUCGUUCUCCAUCUUCCGCUGCAUCUUAGUAGUCAAAUUGUGGCAUCGAAAUACCUUGAGAAAUCUAUGAAACGUUUUGCUGCUGUAUUGCGUAGUCUAGGCUGCUAUUGUAAACUCUGUUGUCAGUGAACACUUCACAGAAGAAGAAAAAAAAUCUCAGAUGAAUAGUAGAAGACUGUUGAGACACGUUUCUAUCUUUUCCUUCACAUCUUUGAUCUGACUAAUUUGUCUUUAGUUAUUUGUGACCGAUCACAAACCAUGCCAUGAUUAGCCUUGUUCACCAUGACAUUGUAUAAGUUCUGUUUUGAAGCGAAACGGGUACACAACUACCGUUAUCAUGCAGAAAACAGGAGUGUGUGUGUAUAUGCCAGUAUGCCUCUGAAACCUGCUUCGAAUGCAUUGAGAUGUUUAGUGUUGGAAGAUUUCUGAUCAUAUGGAAAAGACCCAUUGUGAUCAGAAUUCACCGGAGUAUUGUGGUCAAUGGAGAUUCUGUCAUUCCUCAAAGAGAUAUACCCCAUAUUAUUAUGCUUUGGUGCUGUGUUUUGAAAGUUUAUGAAUUGACUGUCACAAAGACAACUUGUGAAUGCAGUGAAGUGUUUUCCUUCUGUGAAGGCCGGACUGUUAUUAAGCAUUACAAUGGCCAAGACUUGUUGCUUUGAUAGCCAUCAGAUGUUCAGAUGGUUGGUGCCAUCAAGGAGACAUGUAAGAUGACCCACCUUCAUGUCCAUUGUACAGGACCUGAGGGCUUCUGAAUGCUUGGGUUGGGCGGUAGUACGGUUAUAAGGUACAUUGAGGGGUUAAAAGGUUAGCAAGGGUACCAGCUUCAAAGUCAUUUUAAUAACUCUGCAGCGUUGAAGGACCUACAAUAGCACACUGUAGGUACAGUAUAUAGGCUCAAGCUGUAAACUAAUUCUACAUUAGCUAAGGCAGAGAUGGGCACCUGUAGGAAACUGCCUCAUACGGCCCACUCCCUCACUCAGUGCAGCCCUUAGACAGAGGGUCAUUUCCAUUAUCCUAACUCCCAUCCUCCCUUGUGUUGUGGCCUCAUGAUGAUGUCGCAACACGUUAUGACGACAGAAGUUUGAUUAUUUCAGUAUUUUGCAAAAGUGCAAUUCAAAGGUCAUUUUCUCAUUUGCUUUUGCGAUUAUGAAAGGGGAAAGUCUCCCAAAAGUUGCUGUAGCUAGGCUGACGGCUGGGAAACUUGCGUUUUUGUACAGGGUGACAGGGCAUCUGCAAAGUGCGAGGCCUCAGGCACAGGUCGAGGAAAGACGUAAGGCUAAUGGAAUGUACCCCUAAUUUAUUAAUUUUUAAUCAUUACAGUAAAUGUGAGUAUUUUGCACUUUUAAAAACAAAUGUCUUUGUUGCUUAUCGAGAAUCUUGAAAAGUAGUGGUUCAAUAAACGAUCAUAUACACUAUAUAGAGUAUAUAAAAUAAUAAUUUCUAUUAAUAAUUAAUACUUUUUAUUAUAAUUAAUUAAAUAACUUCUCUCAUAGUCUAAAUAUGUGGUCCUCUGAUGGCGGCAAUGAAAAAUGUUUGUCCUACUCGUCAUGAAAGUUGCCCAUCUCAAAGUUAAGGUGAUACUGUAGAUCAGGGUUAAAAUACAGAGAAGGUUCGACAAUAUCAAGAUUUGAAGACCGCCCAACCCUACUGAAGGUGCUUUUCCUCCACGGGGGGGGGGUUGUUCAUUACAUUGAUUACUGUAAUAGUCCAGUAGACCUGGAGGGAUGCAUUUGUGUUACAUGUGUUACAGAGAUGUAUUUAAGAAAUCUAUUACAAACUAUUGAAAUACCAACUGACCUUGUUGGAAUUUAACUGCCUUACUGUAGAUCUUUAUGAAUAAAUAAAAAUAUAUUUCAUAACCAUGUCCAGCCAUGACUAUCAGAUACCUCAAGAGUUCAGAGUGGAAGCCUUUGUCAGAUUGUUUUGGAGUGAAAUGGAGAUUCUAUGGGGAAGGAUGAAGUGGAAAUUUCAACGCCAACUUUUUUUCUUUCUUUCCAAGCAUCGCCGGAUACUAUUGUGUUCUUUGGGGGACCAUAUUAGGAGUGAUUGAAGUUUGCCUUGUAAAGAUUACAUAUGGUACACCCACUAUUAUGACUGUCACACACAUACUGUACCUGCCUGUGUGUAAGCAAGCACCAUUGUGACAGCCUACUGAAAUAUGACCAGGGUUGUUUUUCAAGAACAUGGUUCAAUAACGAACCGGUUAAGUUCACCUGGAGGUAGGCCUACAUCAGCUAAUACAGGAGCCUGACACCCUCAUUUUCUCAAAUGAUGCAGGUAAGCUAUCUAUGAGCAGGUUUACCCCUUUCUGUAGAGGUGAUCUUUACCAAGUUUAACCAUGUUCUUGGAAUAACCCCCCAAUGUUACCCACCUGUCAAGAUCUUGUGACAUCACAGAAAAAAUAAACA